AUGAAAGUGAAACUACAGAUCAUACUAAUUCCAAACUAUUUUGCUUUGAUUCCUACCACCAAUAUCAAUCCUGAUUUUUUCAAGAAAUUUGUUCAUUUGGUGGAAUCAAAAGCAAAGUUAUCAAGUAUUUCAAGAGGUUUAACUAAUAGGUUUGCAAAAUUAUAUCCUGAAGAAGACCAUCUAACUAUAGAAGCAUAUCAAGAUAAAGACACUUUUGAUCUUGAUCCUGAUUUUUUGGUCAAUGAAAUAUUUGAAAAUGGUGAUGUCUUAAGAAUCAUUGUGAAAAACACAUUCUCAGCUAAUAAAAAUGCUCUUCUCUUGGCCAUUGGGGCAGCUAAUGAGUCUGCAGAUGAAAGUAAUAUAUCGUUGCCUCCACCUCCUGCUGAAAGUCCAAGUAGUGAUAGGAUUAUUCCUAAGAAAAGAAGAUCUCCAGCUACUGCUAAAGAUAGUAGACUUCCAGGAAAGAAAAGAAUCACGUCUGGAAUGUUAGUAGCUCCACCACAAUUGGAUGAUAUUAGUGGUCCAGAGAGCGUUGAAGAUGAAGAAGAGAUUGAUUAUAAUGAUGAUGAAGAUGAUGAUGAUGCCGAUAUCGAUCUGGAGGAUUUAUUCGUUGAGAAUGUUACAAAAGCAGCUACUACUUCAACUCCAACAAAAAAGAGAAACCCCGUAGGCUCUAGUAAGGAUAUGAUAUCUAAACUGGAAGUGAUGGAUCUUUUCAAGAAUAAAAACAAGCUCGAUAAAAAGUCACCAUCUUUAAGUGUGGGUAAAAGAGCUGCUUUAAUGAAAAGUUUAAUAAUAACUAUGAAUUCGGAUCCUCCUAGCACCUCCAAUAGAGGUACUAGAGCUGCAAAGCAAGCAGCUGAAAUAGCCUUAUAUACUUCAUAUCCACCACCAUCCCCUUCUUCUGCGAGUCAAUCAAAAUCUAAAAAGACUUCACCAUCCAAAAAGUCUCCUAAAAAAUCGCAAUCACAUUCAAAGUCAGGUUCAAAUACAGGGUCAUCUGAAAAGUCAAUAACAAAGAGAGAAGUAAUAGAUGCUGACCUUUCUGAUCCUAUUUCUAUAGCUACAGUUGCCUUGCAAAAGAAAUCUCCAACUCCACAUGAUACUAUUGAUAUUCCAUCAGAUGUAGAAUAUGAUCCAAACCUGAAAUUAGGAUCUCUUUAUCAGAAAAUCAAGCAUUUUGAAAGUCAUUUAUUGAAGCAUGUCAAUCCACUUGGGGUGCCUAAGAACAUGACGCCUCUUCCUGAGCAACGUACCCUUCUUCAUUCUGAGAUAUUAGAACCUACGAUUGAAUUAAUUAUGAAUCGUCCAAAGAAACCCAAGGUUGUUGUCGAACAAAAAAAAGAAAAUGGGAAUAGUUCUAUCAGCCUUAAUUCAGAAAUAAGCUCACAUCAAGAUAGGAUGAUAAUUGAUGAAAAGAUUGAUCAUGAGUUAGAUUUACCAAGCAGUGAAAUUGAAAAUCAUGGUAGUUUACAAUUGGUUGUUACUGAAGAUGGAAUUGGAUCUCAUCAAUAUACGGAACCAGAAAAACCUGAAACACCAAGAAGUGAUUUUCAUGAUGAUGUUGUUACUACAGAAUCGUCGUCUGUAACAGGUUCGCCAAGCACAGCUUUAUCAACUAUUGCAUCUACCGUAGAUGAUUUAGGUAUUUCGGCAAGCAUUCCUGUAUCAGAAUCAAUCAGAAAGCAUUUCAGUCCAUCUCAACGGGCUUCAUCUCCCAAGACGAGUCCUAGACAAGCGAAUAGCAUAUUCAAAGAAACAACAAACUCAGGCAAAGUAAGAAAUAUAGCUCCCAGAAAUAUCUUUUCGGUUCCCAAGAGUAAUAGUAUAUUUGGCUCUAAUCUGAAUGGUAAUGGAUAUGCUGGAUUAAGAGAAAGAAGACCACCACGCUCACAGAUGCAUCUUGCUCCACCAAUUUCAGGACAUGUUCAUCAUCAAGUCUCAUCAGCUUCAGCAUCUGACUCGAGUGAUUUUGAUGAUACUACAUAUGAUGAAAAAGAAAAUCCAAAAAUUUCAAAAUUGGUUGCAAAACUUCCAAGUAUUAUAGUCCGUAGACCAUAUUUGGAAUCUAAGAAACAUAAAUCAGUAACAUUUUCAGAUAUUCCUAUUCUUAUACCUGAAAAUGAUCACGAUUUUUCUCCUGAUGAUGAAUAUGCUAACAAUAAUGAAAAUUAUAUGGAAGAUGUUCAAGAUGAUAUUUAUCCAAAAAUUGAAGAGCUUAAUGGUCAUAAUGAUGAACCGGAAAAGUUUGGUAAUGUCAAGCCUGAGAAAGUUGAUGCAGUAGUUAUUUCAAAUGCUCCAAAGCGUAGUUUUGCUGAUUUCAUGAAAGAUAAAAAUGAAAAGAAGCUUGGAAUUGUAAAAUUAGAAUCAACUGAAUCAUCAGCACCUGUCAAAUCUACUCCAAUUCAAACUGCUCCACUUGAGCUUACACCAGCUGAAUCGGGCCCAGUUGAACCUGCUCAAGCUGAAUCUGCUCCGGUUGAAAAUGAAGUCAUACUUGUGCCAAUUAAUUCGACUACAGACGAAACUACAAAUGAAGUUUCAAAUGAAAUUUCGAUUCCUAAUAAGAAAGACUCCGUCUCAAUUCCAGCUAAAACAGAUGAACUGGCUGAAGAGCCUGAAGAUUUGAUAAGGAAAGUUUUAUUACCAUCUUUAGAUGAUAUAGAGUCUGUUGCGGAAGUGAAAGAGAAAGUAACUUCACCGACACCAUCACUUCGACCAGCCAACUCACUCAGUAAAUUACUUGGUUUUGAUAUCAACGAUGACGAAGAUACUAAUGAUAAUUCUAAUGAUAAAUCAGAGGAAAGUAGUGAUGAAGAUGAAAUUGUCAAUACUACAGAUGAGAAAUUCCUUAGCGUGAAAGCAGUUGAACAACAAGCCCAAAACUAA